CAUCGCUGUUCACUCUUGCUCAUCAUUUGAUUACUACUCUUCAACUAGCCCGGCAUUGUUCUCGUAGUCAUCAUACAUCACUGCAUCACAGUCAACAUCUCCGUCUCCAUCAGCAUUCACUCCGCUCCCUUCAUCACCCACGCCCGCCAUCACGUUUCCUCAUUGUCUCUCUCUCUCUCACUCUCACUCUCUCUCGGCAUUGUCCGGCCGCCCACUAUGGCGCACCCAAGAGACGACCGGUACGCUUACGGCGACCCGUACGCUGGCCCAAGCAACUACAUGUCGCACCCGCUGGACGACUCUGCAUCAGCCUCGACAAGUACAGCGGCGCUCAACUCGUCGCAGCAAAGAUACUAUGACACGUUUGACACAGACGAGUUUGACCCGAAUGCGAUCGACCCCGCUCUGCGGCUGCGCACAACGCGCACAGCGCACAGCGUCAUCGCAGAGAGUAUCCGAUCAGAGGAUGCGAGGAUGCACCGCAAGCGCUCGCGGCUGUUGCGGCAUCUUACGCGCAAACGCCGGCGUCGUCGCGAGGAAAGCGACGACAAGACUGAUUCCAACGACAAGGAGGAGUUAAGGAUGCCGACCAUCGCGCACAGCGAGGCCGGCGGGUCGCAGGCCGGUACCUCCGUUGCAGGCGACGAACCGGCACCGCCGCGACCGACCGAUGAGCCCAAGGUCAAGGGCAAGAGACCUCUGCCUCGCCGCUCCGUGUAUGUCAAUGUACCCCUUCCAACGAGUGCGCUCGACCACAGCGGCGAGCCCGUAGUGCGGUACGCGCGAAACAAGGUCCGCACUUCCAAAUACACACUCUUUACCUUCCUACCACGCAAUCUCUUCGAGCAGUUCCACCGCGUCGCCAACAUCUAUUUCCUCGGCCUCGUCAUCCUGCAGCUGUUUCCGAUCUUUGGAGCUACGACGCCUCAGAUUGCAAUGCUGCCUCUCGUCGCCAUCCUGGGUAUGACUGCCAUUAAGGACGCAGUUGAGGACUGGCGUCGCGCUAGACUCGACGAGGAGGUCAACACCAGCGCAGCCACCAAGCUCGGUAACUGGAAGAACGUGAACCAGCCCACCGACCCCCGCAACUGGUUCGAGCGGCUGUUUCACCUUGGCCCAAAUCCCCAAAAGCCUUCCAAAGGCGUGCGCAAACUGCGCGAGGCCGAGGCUCGCACCGGGAAGCAAAUCAUCAUGGAGCGCGUGUCAAAGGAGCUCAACCAAGAGGACAUCCAGCUCGACGAUGCACCCCGGGAAACGCUGCAACCGCCAACAUCACAACAGUACCCAUCCACCGAGUCCAUUCCGGGCGUGCAUCUCCCCUAUCGCCCGCGUGCAAUUUCCGUAUCGUCGACAGCACCGAGCGCGACCUCGCGGCGGAGCGCCGGGGUUGUCGACUACUCACGGCGUACUGCUGGAACAGCGCAGUGGGAACGGACGCUCUGGAAGAAGUUAGAGGUCGGCGACCUCGUUCUCCUCCGUGACAACGAGCAGAUCCCUGCUGACGUCGUCGUUCUUGCUACGUCAGACUCUGACGGGCUGUGUUUCGUCGAGACGAAAAACCUUGAUGGCGAGACCAAUUUAAAGCCGCGCAAGGCUGUCAAGGCUACUGCGCAGAUCCGCAGCGAGGAGGACCUCGAGCACUCGGGAUUUGUGCUGGACUCGGAACCACCACACGCCAACCUCUACUCGUACAACGGAGUGUUGCGCUAUCGCCCAAUCGGCGAUGGUCGGCUCAGUGCAGGCGAGGAGAAGGUCGAGCCUGUCACAAUCAACGAGCUGCUGUUGCGUGGCUGUACGAUUCGCAAUACGAAAUGGGUCAUCGGCCUUGUCGUGUUCACCGGCGCCGACACCAAAAUCAUGCUCAACGGCGGUGACACUCCGUCUAAGCGUAGCAAGAUCGAGCGCGAAACCAACUUCAACGUCAUCAUGAACUUCAUCAUUCUGAUGGUGCUGUGUCUGUUGACUGCGAUUCUUCACGGCGUUUACCGAUUAAAGGACGACACGAGUGCCAAGUACUAUGAGAUUGGCGCCGCCGUCUCGGACAGCGUGAUUCUCGAUUCAGUCGUCAUCUUCGUGUCGUCCCUCAUUGUGUUCCAAAACAUUGUGCCGAUUUCGCUCUACAUCACCAUCGAAAUCGUCAAGACGAUUCAGGCGUUUUUCAUCUUCCAGGACAUUGAGAUGUACUACGCGCCGUACGACACUCCAUGCGUGCCCAAGACUUGGAACAUCUCAGACGACCUCGGCCAGAUCGAGUACGUUUUCUCCGACAAGACGGGUACCCUCACGCAAAAUGUCAUGGAGUUCAAGAAAUGCUCGAUUCAGGGCGUCUCGUUCGGUGAGGGUAUCACGGAGGCCAUGCUCGGCGCUGCCAAGCGCGAGGGGAAGGACCUCGGCAUGACGAUGGAGGACCAGGCCGAGGAACUAGAGGAGUACAAGGAGACUAUGGUCAACACUAUGAAGCGCGCCUUCAAGAACCGCUUCCUACGCGAAGAGCAGCUCACGCUCGUUGCCCCGAGUCUCGCCCAGAGACUCGCGGACGAGCAGGAUCCGCUGCGUCCACACAUAAUCUCGUUCUUCCGCGCUCUUGCGCUCUGCCACACCGUGUUGUCCGACAAGCCUGAGCCUGAGGACAAGCCAUUUUGCCUGGACUACAAGGCUGAGAGCCCGGACGAGGCCGCGCUCGUCGGUGCGGCUCGCGACGUCGGGUUCCCCUUCGUCACGCGCAACACGCACAAGGUCGACAUCGAGGUUCUUGGCAUCCCGGAGCGUUGGACGCCAUUGCGUGUUCUUGAGUUCAACUCUACCCGCAAACGUAUGAGCGUGAUUAUUCGCAGCCCUGAGGGGCAGAUCGUACUCUACUGCAAGGGUGCGGACAGCGUCAUCUACGAGCGACUCGACAAGAACCACGACGAGGAGCUCAAGCAGACGACACUCAAGGACCUCGAAACUUUCGCCAACGCGGGCCUGCGUACGCUCUGCAUCGCCUAUCGCAACAUGAGUGAGCAGGAGUUCGAGCGGUGGUCAAAGCAGUUCGACGAGGCCAGUGCGGCGGUCAACGACCGCGACGACAAGAUCGACAAGGCGUGCGAGGUCAUUGAGCACAGUCUCACGAUCCUCGGCGCGACGGCCCUGGAGGACAAGCUGCAGGAGGGUGUGCCCGACGCCAUCGCCAUGCUGCACCAGGCUGGCAUUAAGCUCUGGAUCUUGACGGGUGACAAACUGCAAACGGCCAUCGAGAUCGGCUACUCGUGCAACCUGCUCACGAAUGACAUGGAGGUGAUGAUCAUCUCAGCCGACUCACCAGAAGGAGCACGAGCACAAAUCGAAGGCGGCUUGAACAAGAUUGCGUCGACACUCGGCCCUCCUCCCACCAAGGGCGCGGGCAAGAUUUACACUGCGGGCAUGAACCCCGCGGCUGAGUUUGCCGUGGUCAUCGACGGAGAGAGCUUGAGAUACGCGUUGGAUCCCGCUCUCAAGCCUCUGUUCCUUUCGCUUGGGACGCAGUGUGCGGCAGUCAUCUGCUGCCGUGUAUCGCCGGCCCAAAAGGCCCAGACCGUCAAGCUUGUUAAGGAUGGCUGCAACGCGAUGACGCUGAGCAUCGGUGACGGCGCCAACGACGUGGCCAUGAUCCAGGAGGCUAACGUCGGCGUCGGGUUGUUCGGCCUCGAGGGCUCGCAAGCGGCAAUGUCGGCUGACUACGCCUUUGGACAGUUCCGAUUCCUCACACGGCUGCUGCUGGUCCAUGGACGCUGGUCGUAUGUCCGCGUGGCCGACAUGCACGCCAACUUCUUCUACAAGAACGUUAUCUGGACGUUGGCCAUGUUCUGGUUCCUCAUCUUCAACUCGUUUGACGCGACGUACCUGUUCGAGUACACUUUCGUGCUGCUCUACAACCUCAUCUUCACAUCGUUGCCCGUCGGCAUUCUCGGCGCAUUUGACCAGGACACAAAUGCCGUGUGCUCGAUGGCGUUCCCGCAACUGUACCAGAGAGGAAUCAAGGGCUUGGACUACACAAGACUCCGAUUCUGGCUGUACAUGCUGGAUGGGCUGUACCAGUCGGCGAUCAUAUUCUUCAUUCCGUUCUUCAUUUACGGGGACGGCACCACAUGGUCGUGGAGCGGUCGCGACACGAACGACUUGUACGACCUGUCGUCCGCGAUUGCGGCGUCUGGUGUCUUUGCAGCCAACCUGUACGUCGGCAUCAACACGCGGUACUGGACCUUCAUCCCGUGGAUCGUCAUUCCAGUCUCCACACUCGCCGUCUUCGUCUGGAUCGCCGUGUACUCGUACAUGGCCAAUUUGGCGUACUACGCUGUCGUCUCGAUCAUCUUCCCAACGUUCACGUUCUGGGCCACCGUCUUGUUCACCGUCAUGGUCGCUGUUGCGCCACACUGGCUCCUCCGUGCGAUCAAGCAAUCCUACUUCCCCAUCGACAAGGACAUCAUCCGUGAGGCCUGGGUCGGCGGCGACCUCAAAGACCAGCUCGGUGUACCGCACCGCAAGCGCCGCCGCCGCCUGCACCCUGACAUCGAGGGGGCAGCCUACGCGUACAAGCCGCGCCCCACUCCUGUCGAGACACGCCUCGACAGCCCCACCCGCCCCUCCGAGCCGCUGCUGCAUGAGCGUGCGCCCAACACGGACUCCGGUGGCCCCCCGACGCCAACGAGCCCCACGCCGCGCCCCGACGCCGCGUGGCCCAACACGCUGGCCUCACAGGCAUGGCCGCAAGCCCAGGCCCAGGCCUACGAUGCCACCCCCUGGAACGCCGAGUCCCAGCGCUGGCACGACACUCCUUCCUCUGGACAUUCUCCCGCUGACCGGCUCUCACCCGCCGAGCGCUCGCCGGCCGAGCGCCAGGCCCCCUUGUCCUCCCAACCACAACGCCGCCAGCCGCCCACAGCCUGGGGUAACCCCGACUUCACGGCUAACACUGCGUGGCAGAACCGCCCGCCCUCCGAGUUUGACGAGAACUACGCGGGGCGCGCCGUGUAAUGUACCUGUACACUAUGCAUAGAUGCUGGACUUUGUUACUGGGAUGCGGGGUAUGCAUGGGAUCGUGGAC